GCCGUGAGCCCUUCCAAUAUGGCAGCGCCCGGCUCUGCUCUGAAUUGCGAGGACUUCGCUGAGUUUCAGUAAUAGAAAAUCAUAUGGUUGGAAGGGACCUUGGAGGUCUUUUAGUGCAAGUCCCUGUUCAGGGCAAGAAUCCUCAGACCAUCCCAGAGAAAUGGCUGUCCAAUCUAGGCCUGAAAAUCUCUGGUGAUGGAGCACCUACGACUCCAGGAGCAGCCUUCAGUUGGAAGACUGCUAUUGUAUCACCUCUUAGCUUUUCCCUCCCCCAGGAAUUGCUCAGGGUGAUGAGAACAAUUGAUGACAGAAUAGUCCAUGAAUUAAAUACUACAGUUCCAACAGCUUCUUUCGCAGGAAAAGUUGAUGCUAGGCAAACUUGUGAAGAACUUCAUCAUUCGUUGACAGAUGCUCAUGAAAGUAGGGAGAGAAUAAUCAAAAGCUGUAUUGCCCAAACUUCUAAUGUAGUAAAACUUCUGCAGGAAGAGAGAAAGAAAUCUCUGGAUGACAUAACAUUACUAAAACAACUCAGGAAAGAGCAGACGAAGUUGAAAUUAAUGCAGUCAGAGUUAAAUGUUGAAGAAGUGGUAAAUGACAGAAGCUGGAAGAUAUUUAAUGAACGUUGCAGAACUCACUAUAAGCCCCCAAAGACACAAUAAUGCAAAUGAGGGGGAAUAUUCCCCUGAAAGUGGUCUUCAGUCAUGCAAAUAAACUGGAAAAGAAACAUGGAACAAAGUGCAUGGGACCUCUUGAAAAAUGAUACCCAUGGGAUCUAGUACAAUGAAUGAUUUUGCUAAUAAAGAUAAACCAACUGUUAAUUUGUACAAGACAUUUGAGAAGAAAAAAAUAUUAAAAAUAGUCAGAUGGAA